AUGGCGUCCUCAACAUGUGGUCGAAUGGAGAAAUUGUCAGUGUCUGAAAAUGCCGACUGGAUUGAGUACAUUGAAAGAUUUGAUCAGUAUUUCGUCGCUAACGAUGUUGAAGAUGCUGGGAAAAGGAAAGCGAUAUUGCUUACCGUAGUAGGUGGCAAUACCGACUUGAUACGACUCUGGGGCAAGGACAGUCGUGUUUUUAUGCAGAUUCUUCACUUCAGUUUCGCCUUGGGAGGUCUUGUAGCCCCUCUGGCAACAGAACCCUUCCUAGCCCCAAAGUCCGUCCAUACCACGAUCACAACAGUCCCUGUCAACGAGUCCCAUUUUCUUGAGUAUGGAUACAAUACAACCAAAGCGUACGUCCAGGACAGUUUUAGAUUAAAUGGGACUAGUUACAACAUGACGACUGCAGCUAAUGAAGACGCUCCGAAAUCGCAAAUCCUUUUUGCUUUCAUAAUCACAGCAGUUCUUUUCCUUUCUGCUGCUAUUCCUUUCUUCGUGGAGUUCUUUCCCCGUAAGGCUGAUAAAAACCGGAAGCCGGAAGACGAGCAAGAAGUUGACCGUCAUUGCAUACCACCCCCUGUCUAUGUGAUAACUGUGGCUAUGAUUGGAGCUUUCUUUUUCUGUUAUUGUGCGCUAGAAGAGACGUUUAUGUCAUUCCUGGCGGUCUUUACUGUGGAGGGGUUAGGCUGGACAAAGCCAGAUGGAGCUUUGGUAACGUCUGUGUUUUGGGGAAGCUUUGCUGCCUUUCGGUUUCUUGGGAUCUUUUUCAUAAAUAUGUUGACUCCAUCGUCAAUGAUAAUUCUUUGUCUUGUAAUUCUGUCAGCGAGUUUGGGUGCAUUCCUGGUCUGUUCUCUCUUUGCCGUAACUAUUGGAAUUUGGAUUUCAUCAGUGGGGAUUGGCCUUGCAACAUCGAUCGUAUAUCCAACGACCUUCACAUGGGUCGAAGAGCAUGUCAUCAAGGUCACGGGUAGGGUCACGUCUGUUAUUGUAAUAUGCGCAGCAUCGGGGGGAAUGGCGACACCAUUGUUGCUAGGAUACCUGAUGGAGGAAGUGACCUAUCUGUGGUUCUCGUAUUUGCUGUUUUUGGUGUCGGUUAUUCUGCUAAUUAUACAUAUUGUGCUGCGGUUGCACUCGGUUUUUGUGUUAAAGAAAUAUCACAGAGCAGCUGAGGCUGAAUCACCUAAUGAGCUUGCUGCACCUCAGGAAAGGGGGAAAAUGUUUGAACCAAACGAACAUGUACGAACGUUUGAACUCUGAUAUUUAACAGUAUGAUGACAGAUAUAAAUAUUGAAAUCUUAUGCCAACCACAAGUUUUUGCCAACUGAUAAGGGUAGCGGGACCGACGCAUGAAAAUAAAAUUAUGAUACAGGGAAGAUGAAGGUGUUGGGGAUGAUCACAUCUGUAUUCUGAGCCGGAGUCAUGGAAAAUAUAAAUACAAUGUAAAAAACAAAUAAAACGAUUAUAAAUUUGUUCAUUCACGGACUGGUAAUGUAUUUUGGGGUGACGGGGCGUCAUGACAUUGAUGUAAUGGGGAACAUGAGGGUAAUGACAAAAUGUGACGUAAACGGUUGUAUUAUAAUACAUGAUCGGUCCCUUAGUGAGUUUAGUUUAAUGCUGCCAUUGAACAGUAUAUCAGUCAGGCAACACUGUACAGAGAACAGUCCCACUUUAGACAAUCGGGCCACCCAUGACCACUGUUCAGUGAAGACGUCCUAAACUUGCUACAUGUGCUGUGGGGACAAGUCAUGGCAGACGGUGGAGUGCUACCCAUUUGGGCACCCGGAUCGCUGAAUCCAAGAUAUGUCACGCUCGUGAUUUCUGGUUUGCCAACACAGUUUAGCGCUUGCAAACCAAGGAUCAUUUUCAGGUCCACGGUCGGAUUAUCCAGGCAUCCUUAAGGAACGUAGCCAGGCAAAUUGCAGUGCGUGCACCACACUGGCCCCUCGCACGUACGCCUAUGACUGUAUGGCCAACAUAGACUACUUUCGAUUGGCAUCUUUGAAAUGUCAAAACAGCACACGAUUCAAAUCAAGAAAUCCCAGA